AUGAGUUUCGACGCGCUUUGGCCGCUGUACGAGACCAAGAUGCGGGCUGGAGGCAAGGAGAGCGAGACCGAUGCUGCGGUCAAUGCCUUCAAGUACAACUUCCAAGUCUUGACGUCUGGUGCUGAUACCAUGAUUCCAGAGGCAGCUUUGGAUCCGGUGCCGACUUUGCCAGAUUUGGAGAGCCUUGAGAUCACGCCGAAGCCCGAGCUGCUGAAGGAGACCGUCGUCUUGAAAUUGAACGGCGGUUUAGGAACGGGCAUGGGCCUUGAUAAGGCCAAGUCGCUUCUGGAGGUCACGGGCGGUAACACGUUCCUGGACCUCAUUGCCAAGCAGGUGGCUUGGAUGAAGGGAACCUACAGUAUGCCGGACCUCAAGUUCAUGCUCAUGAACUCUUUCUCGACUUCCGCGGACACUUUGGAAGCGCUGUCCAAGUACCCGGAUCUGGGAACUGGAGAUGAUCUGCAGUUCGUGCAGAAUAAGGCGCCGAAGGUCACCGCAGACGGCUACGCACCUGCCGAAUGGCCCUCUGAGCCGAGUCACGAGUGGUGCCCACCCGGCCAUGGAGACCUUUAUCCGGCCAUGCUGGGGUCCGGCACUUUGGAUCGCCUGUUGGCCAAGGGGAUCAAGUACAUGUUCGUGUCCAACUCCGACAACCUUGGUGCGACCUUGGACCUGCG